AUGACGACGCAACAUUCCCCAAUCAAGACCACCAGUGCUGAAGGCUCUGAAACAGUGCCGAUAAUUACAGAGAGUGCGGAUGAUUCUGCAAGUUUUAAAGGUUUUGCUGAAUGGGAGGUUGCUAUUGAUUCUGGCAGCCAAAGGCUAUUAUCGUCUCUAUUUCGUCAACGUGACCAAGUGAAUCAGAAGAUUGUCCGUGUUCAGAAUGCGCUUAUGGCUGCAGGGAACCAAGUCAGUAUGGCGCAGCUGAAAACGUUCACUAAAAAUAUCGAUGCGGCAUACUCGGAGUUCAGCGGUUUCCACAGCAAGGUAAUGGCUAUUAUUCCUGAUGAAGCGAUUGAUAUUCAAGAAGAAAUCUACAGUGAUUUUGAGAACCGUUUCAAUUUAGUGUCAACCACUAUCGAGGAGCUUCUGCAAGCUCAUGUCACAUAUCCAGGUGGUCUGCAGAACCCCACAGGUAGGAAUCAGCCUCCAGUGAUAAUUCAUCAACAAGCACUCCGUGUUCCCUUGCCAACAUUUGAUGGCCAAUACCGAAAUUGGCCUAAAUUCAAGGCUAUGUUUCAGGAUCUUAUGAGUACCUCCACCGAAUCAAAUGCUAUAAAGUUGUACCAUUUGGAAAAGGCUCUGAUUGGUGAUGCCAGUGGUGUCAUCGAUGCGUCCACCAUCAGAGAUAAUAAUUACGAGCAUGCGUGGCGCAUUCUAGAAAAUAGAUUCGAUAACAAACGCCUCAUAGUAGAUACACAUAUCCAGAGUAUCAAGAAUCUCAAUCAUAUGACCAGGAAAUCAUCCAAAGAAUUGCGAGAUCUCAUCGACGAAUGUACGCGUCAUGUCGAAGGUCUGCGCUUCAUGGGUCAGGAACUUCUCGGUAUCUCAGAACUUCUUGUUGUUAAUAUUUUGACUUCCGCACUAGAUAGAGAUACGCGUGAAAGCUGGGAGAAAACUUUAAACAAAGAAGAACUGCCCAACUAUAAAAAUACAAUUGGUUUCCUGCAAAAUCAUUAUUUAAUUUUGGAAAGAUGUGAAGCUACAUCUUUCGUACCCAUCGAUAAGCCGAUGCAGCAGAAAUUUUCGAUGCCGUUAAAGGACAUAAGAUCAUCCAACGCAGCUACAUCGCCAUCUGGAGUCGCAUGUGAUUUGUGCUCUGAAAUACAUCUCAAUUAUAAGUGUCCAGUACUUAGAAAAAUGAGUAUCCAUGAGAGAAUUGCAAAGGUAAAAUCGAUAAAUGCUUGCUAUAAUUGUCUGCGCAAAGGCCAUCAUGUUCAUGCAUGUUCAUCCGAACGAACGUGCAGCAAAUGUUCCAAAAAACACCAUACCUUACUUCACCUGGACCAAUUCACUACUCCACCCCUUUCUGUGCACCAACCGAUCUCAUAUCCUGAAAAUAUCGAUAUAUCACUAGAACCGGAAUCACAGUUCAACCAAGUAAAUACUUCUUGUUUCAGCAUCUCGAAGGUGACAAAGCAAGCUUUACUUCUGACGGCUACUGUAAACAUUCUCGACAGAUAUGGUAACCCCCAUAUGCAUAGAGCAUUACUGGAUUCUGGUUCGCAGGUCAACUUCCUGACCGAAUCUGUAGCGAGAACUCUUGAUCUAACUAUGCAUCCUACCAAUAUUCCUGUUGUUGGUAUCGGGGGCUCCAAAAAUGUCAUUAAUAAAAGGACAUGUGUAACAGUUAAAUCUAACUACAGCAACUUCAAAAAAGAGAUGGAAUGUCUUAUUGCAGCUCGUGUGACUGGAUCGGUGCCAUCUGCAAGGAUCGAUGUUACCAACUGGGGUAUUCCAUCUGGAUUGCAACUGGCUGAUCCAAGCUUCGAUACUCCCGAUGGAAUAGACUUAUUAAUCGGAGCUGAAUUUUUCUUCGAUGUAAUAAUGCAGGGAAAAUUUCGCCUUCGUGAUGAUCUACCAUUACUACAAGAGACUGUGUUUGGAUGGGUGGUCACAGGUGCCUACUACAACAGCCAGCAACAACCUGAAAUACAUUCGAACGUGGUAACUGAAGAUCUUGAAAAUCAAGAAGUUGAAGAGCACUUCCAGCGAACACAUCGUGAAACCGGGAAAUUCGUUGUGCACCUUCCAUUCAGAGAAACUGUAAGCGAUCCAAGCAGCAACCGAGCUCUAACGGAAGUGAAAGAUCGAGAACCCUACACUACAUUCGAUGAAUCUUCUGUGUAUCGAUCAGUUCGAACGCUCGGAAUAUUGUGGGAUCCCAUUCCUGAUAGCUUCUGGUUUGAAGUUCCUAAUGCCCGUGAUGUCCGUUAUGACAAGCUUGUCACUAACAGUCACGUGCGAGAGCGAGAUGAAUGUAGCAGCAACAUAACAACGAACAGCACCCGAUCGAGCCGAGCGAAGCCGACAGGACAAAAACCCCACCAACUUUCUGACAAAUGCAAAGGGAACGCAGAACAGAUCAUCCAUCUUUGCCAGUUUUUUCCUUACCAUCAACGUGGAAGUGACUUACCAAGUGAUGCUGUGCUUAGCCAGAACCAUUCCAACCGCAGUUAG